UUUAAAUUCAUAAAAUUCAAAAGAAAAAGGAUAAAGCUUUCUCUUCUUAAAAUAGAAAUAAAAAGAAAGGAAGAUAGAAAAAGAUGGGAAGCAAGAAUCGAAAGGUUGGAUUGAUUUGUUAGGAAUAUAAAAGUAUUGAGGGGUUGAAAAGAAGCCGUUCUAUCGUUUCUCUGACAUAACGGAUGAGAGAAGCCACAUCGAAGAAAACGUUCGUUCUAAGGGGAAUUUUAUAUAUUUUAUCGUUUGUCUCUGUCGUUUCUUUUUUUUUUUCCUUUUUUUCUUUUUUACACAUCUAGGAGGAAUGGAACGAGAAAUUGUUUAGAAUUUUUUCUUUUCUCUCUCUCUCUCUUUUUUUUUUUGCCAAGGUAUAUCGACUGAUUUUCCAUUUAUUUCUUCGAGAUAGAUAGACAGAUAGGUAGAUAAAAAGCGGUUAGAUUUAUUAUUAACAAUAAAUAAUAACAAGAAAUAAAUAGGAGAAAGCAUAUGAAAUUGAAUAUUAAAUUGGAAAGUGAUAAAAAGUGAAUUAUCAAUUAUAAACAUAAAAUAUUUUCCUUUCAAGAUUGUUUAAAUCUUUGAAGAAAUAAAAUGACGAAGAAAGAAAGCGAUUUAGAUUUAGAUAGUAUUAGCUAAAACUAAAAAGAAGAAAAUGAAUAAAAGAAAGUGGUAUGUCAAGAAAGAGGGUGAAAAGGGGGAGGUGUAGAAGUCGAGAAAGAGAUCUAUUAUGCGUGAUCACGUGCGAUGCGACGACGCAUGGACACAAUCGUCGCCGCGAGGAGUUAAGGUAGAUUAUUGAAGUUCGAGCGACUCCGCGAGUGACUCAGUAAGGCUCAGUUCUAUCUGCCGAAUGGUCAAAAGUGUUUCCUUUGACACGUAUCUUGGAUCUUUGGUCUUGUUUUGUAUUUUCUUGUUAUUUUUCGUGUAUAUUUUUUUUAUCGAACUCGAUAGUUAGAUCUUUUACGAGUGCGUUCAAAAAUUAAUAUAAGACUAUCCGAUAUAAUCGAGAAUAAAAAAAAAAGACUUGUGCUAGGAGAAAGUAUACGUAAAAGAAAAAAAAAACAAAAGAGUGCUUUAUUUCUUGCGAAAGAGAAAUAAAAAGAAAGAAGAAAAAAAAAACUAACAAACAAACAAAAGGAAACAUGGCCGUUCACUUCGAUCUGGUGAACAAAAUGACUCUGGCGUUUCUCGCGAUAUCGAUAGUAUAUUUCAUCGCGAUGGAUAUAUUAUUAUAUUCGAGAGUGAAGAAUUAUCGUGUGAAAGAAACGGCGAACGAUACACCAUUGUAUAAGCCAAUGAUACCAUGCGAUUUGAAUCCCCUUUGCGCGGUAACGGUGAAGGGUUUGACGUUGGAUCAUCCGAAUCAUUUUCUCUUGAGUCCGUUGGCCGCAUUGAUGGAUAAGAUUUUGGGAAUAAGUAAAUCUUGGAAUUGGUUGACACCUAAUUUGAUUAGUGGUUUUCACGUGUUUAUCGCUGUGUUAGCGGGAAAAUGUGUUUCGAGCGAGUCCCUGUCUCAAAGACGUCUCGGCGUUAUGCUUUUUCAAGUGAGAACAUAGCUAGACGAUUUGGACGGCCACGUAGCGAGACAGAGAGCAAACAUAUCAGGUGAACGAUCGGACGUUGGUUCACCUGGUUAUUUCGUCGAUGGUUUUUGCGAUGCUCUUGGAUGCGUCGCUUUGAUCGUCGGCCUUUAUUACUUUAUUAUUCGCUCUCCACCCAGACGAGGAGGAUACGACAAAAUGCAGAUAUUACCUUUGACACCUGUCGUCUUAGACACAACUCAUUACGUAUCGUCUUCGAACACGUCAAUAAGGAACAUCGUACUACCUAACGUCCUCCUUCUGAUCGGUCAUCUGAUCGUUGCCAGUGCUGCAUGGAAUCGUUAUAUAUGGCUUUAUCAAGAUCUUUUGGAUCUAGACAUCGAACCGUUCUCGAUCAAUACCGAACUUUUACAUCUACGACAAACCAACGUAAUUAGAAGUAACUCGUUCUGGUUCGUUGCUUUAAGUUGGAAAAUGUUCAACGUUCAUGCAGCCAUGGAUUAUCUUUUACUGGCAAUAUUUGUCAAUCGUGUUUGGGAAUAUAUGAAAUUGUCCAGAUGGUCGUCCUACGUUCUUAUAUUUUUACUUAUCUAUUUAACGGAGUUUCACUAUCAAUAUGCUUACGAUUAUGUACACAUGGUACCUAUGAUCGUUGGUAGCGGGACAUCUUCUUCCUCGGUCGGCCUUACUCAUCGAUGAUAGGAUUAUUUAUCUCUCUUUAUCUCUCGAAUAUAUAUAUAUAUAUAUAUAUAUAUAUAUAUAUAUAUACAUACAUACAUACAUAUAUAUAUAUAUAUAUAAUUUUUUCUCUACCUUUUCGUUAACAACCUUAUCUCGAUCAUUCGACAUUUCAUUGAUAAGUCGACGUUAUUGCGAUCGAAAUUGUGUAUAAGUUUACGGUAUCGAUGCGAAUAACACUUUAACGAUUAUCUAUAGUUCAUUAUUACGAUCGAUACAAACUUCAUUUACUUUUGUAGAUUUUUUUAUAUCGAUAAUAUCUACUGACUUCGAUAUAUCUUUCGAAAAUAUAGGAGGAAGAAAGGACACAAAUGUUUCAUAUUAUUGUGACUACAAGUACAAUCUUAUCGAUAUGACACAUGUUUAAACAGAGAACGAUGUAUCGACCGGAUUUACUUUUCACCUACGAGUUGAUUAUCGAUAAAAGAGUUAUCGCAUACGAUUUAAAAGAAAAAAAAAACCACCUAAUUUUUACGCGAGUGCGCACUCACGUUUGUGGAUAAAACGAUAUA